AUCAAGUGUUGAUCCAUUUCCAUCUCGUUUAAUACAAUUACACCCUCGGCGGCCGAAUUCCUCCGACGUUCUGCCCCUCCAGCAACAAUGUUCUCCCGAAGCCUGAAGUCAACAAUAACCCCACCUUGCUCGUCAUUCUCUUCUCGUCCUCUCUUCUCUGUCGUUAAUUGCAAACAAUCCUCUUUCCUCUCUCUUCGUCCUUUCCACCAAACCGCCGCCGCCAUGUCUUCCAAGGUCUUCUUCGACGUCCAGUACGCCCCCGUUGGCACCAGCGCCCCUAAGACUAGCCGUAUCGUCUUCAACCUCUUCGAUGAUGUUGUCCCCAAGACUACUGAGAACUUCCGUCAGCUGUGCCUGAAGCCCCAGGGUGAGGGUUACAAGGGUUCCAGCUUCCACCGUAUCAUCCCCCAGUUCAUGCUCCAGGGUGGUGACUUCACCCGUGGCAACGGCACUGGUGGCCGUUCCAUCUACGGUGAUAAGUUCCCCGAUGAGAACUUCAAGCUCAAGCACACCGCCCCUGGUAUCCUCUCCAUGGCCAACGCUGGUCCUAACACCAACGGCUCCCAGUUCUUCAUCACCACCGUUGUGACCUCUUGGCUCGACGGCAAGCACGUCGUCUUCGGUGAGGUUGCCGAUGCCGACUCUAUGAAGGUUGUCAAGGAGAUCGAGGCUGUUGGCAGCAGCUCUGGUGCUGUCCGCUCCAACGUCAAGCCUACCAUCGUCGACUGCGGUGUUCUGUAAACAAUGCAACGAGGCCAAGUUCGAAAAGUUUUUUUUGCCCGUAUGGACCUCUUAGCGCUCGAUGAUAGGGAUUGCGGCGACC